UUCUCUCUGCCGCCGCCGCCUCCUUCUCCGUCGUUGUUGAUCUCUGCCGUAGUCUCAUUCGUUCUCAUCUUGGUUCUCGUCGUCUCUGAGUUCGUUCUCUUCAGCUUUGAUUAACAUUUUGCAGAUUCUGUCCUUCAUUCAGACCAUGGUUCCGGGAAACGAUCAAUCAACAGGGAAUGAAGAACAUAAUGAUGGUGCAGUUGAAGAACUUUCAGGAAUUCAACCUGCACCUCGCUCCCAAAGCUCUGAAGCUGGAGUUUAUUUUAUUCUCGAGGGAGCCUCACUUUGUGUUGCUAAUGUUGGGAAGAAAUACCAGAUUUUGAAUCCGGAUGAUCAUGCCACUUUUCUGCGGAAGCAAAAUAAGAAUCCUUAUGAUUUCAGGCCUGAUAUUGUUCAUGAGGCCCUCCUUCAAAUUAUGAGUAGUCGGCUUCGCAUGGCUGGUAGGUUACGUGCUGUAUUUAUUCGAACCAGUGAAGGCGUUCUCGUUAAAGUUUCUCCGCAUGCUAAUAUACCAAAAACAUUGGCGGGCUUUUGUGACAUGAUGGUGGAGUUAUUACAGAAGUUCCGUAUCAAAGCAAAGAGCAACCAUGCAACCCUAUUGCGUGUAAUUAAAAAUCCUGUCACUAAACAUUUACCAAUCAACUCCCACAAAAUAGGCCUUUCCUUUAGUUCAUCAAAGACUGCUCAGUUGAGGGGCUACAUCAGUAAUGCUGCCCAUCACGAGAACUUUGUUUUUGUGGUGGGUGCAAUGGCUCAUGGAAAAAUUGAAGCUGACUAUGUGGAUGAUCUGAUAUCAGUUUCUGGUUAUCCCUUGAGUGCAGGGACUUGUCUUCGACGUAUCUGCAUUGCACUAGAGAAGAAUUGGAAGAUCAUGUGAAUUAAAUCAUAUCUAUCAUGGUUUUUCAUUGGUGGGCAUAUUCUUUUUGUAAAGGUUGAUAUUAAUAUUUUGUUAUUUUAACAUUAUCAGGUCUUUAACAUAUCAAUUAGAAUCAUAUUCCUAAUUUUCAGUAGGGUUAGGUUCAAGGGUACAGAAUUUUGCUAUAGGCUUUCUCCACAUGUUUCUUGUGAGUCUGCAGUCUAUAUCUAUGGUAUAAAUAAAUCAAAAUCCAUGUAUC